CACGGGUCGACCCGGAUCGACCCGGAUCGAGCCCCCGGCUCGUCCACCCGCCUGGCCCGUUUUUCUCGGCCGCCGCCGUUCUGCGCUGCGGGCUGACUCUGGCUGUUGCGAGAAACGGCCGAUGGAGCCACUGCUGCUGCUGCUUGCAUGCAAUCGAUACCGAUCAUGGCCUCCGACAACAUCCACUCGCCUGUACGCGACGUCUGGGAGGACAACCUCGAGACCGAGCUGAAGUAUCUGCGGGAUCUCGUCGAGGAGUAUCCCUUUCUGUCGAUGGACACCGAGUUUCCCGGAGUGGUGGCUCGGCCGAUAGGCAACUUCAAGACAUCGACGGACUAUCACUACCAAACGCUGAGAUGCAACGUCGACCUGCUCAAGAUCAUCCAACUCGGCAUCACCUUUGUCAACGAACGGGGCGAGCCUCCGCCAGGAGUCUGCACAUGGCAGUUCAACUUCAAGUUCAGUUUGAGCGAGGACAUGUACGCCCCAGAAUCGAUCGAGCUGCUUCAAAAAUCCGGAAUCGACUUCAAGAAACACGAAGAACUGGGGAUCACGGUGGAGCACUUUGGCGAAGUGCUGAUCAGCUCGGGAUUCGUGCUCUUCAGCGAUGUGCGAUGGAUAUCAUUUCAUAGUGGCUACGAUUUUGGAUAUUUAUUGAAGAUUCUGACCUGCCAGCUCCUUCCCGCGGAGGAGGCCGACUUUUUCGAGCUCCUGAAGCUGUAUUUCCCGAAUUUCUACGAUAUCAAAUAUCUGAUGAAGAGCUGUAAAAACUUGAAGGGUGGGCUGCAGGACGUUGCCGACGAUCUCCAGAUUCCCCGUAUCGGACCGCAACACCAAGCCGGCAGCGAUAGUCUGCUCACUUCGAAAACGUUCUUCAAGAUGAAGCAGAUGUAUUUUGACGACAGGAUCGAUGACAGCAAGUUCAUGGGCUAUCUGUUUGGGCUGUCGUCAACGUUCCCGCCAAAGGACUCGACUCUCUCGCUCGCAUGAGCGCCGCCCCUCGGUAUGACGAGAAAUAAAAGUUCAAGUGCGCGAUGACGCUUUCUUGGCUUCUAUGUGGGCGAGGGUGCCCAGGGCCGAAGUCACCAACGCAGUCGUCGACGAUCCAGGAAUGCCAUGCGGCGACUAAACGAGGGAGAGUGGCAAAUGCCAACACAGAAUCCAAAGGACGAGAGAGAGGGGGGGGAUGGUACAAGAGUGCAGAGAAG